AUGGCGCCUACUGGCACUGUGGACUCCACUACAACAGGUCACGAGAGAGACGAUGUGACUAUGAGCGCAGACGCCGAAUCAUAUGUGCCACCGGCAAGUCAUGCCACAGACCCAACCUUGACGCAGUCACUGUCGCCUACGGCUUCGGCAACGGCUGAUUCAGCAGUCCCCGGGAUGCCUCCCAGGCCCCCUCCUGGUAUCAGCACGACCAAGCCUGCCAUGAGCCGUUUGAACACUUUUUAUGCGGAAGGCGACUUCCGGAAUAGCUCAACCCAAGAGUUGCGGGAUCUGAAAUCUGACAUGAUGUGCAAUUGGCUCCAUCAGCAGCAGCUGGAGAAAAUGUGGUCGGCCAAUGGGUUGGAAGAAGGAGUCAUGCUCAAGAAAGCCAAAGACGAUUACAAAUGUGCCCCCGAAGAUCUUCGGUCUCGUCCAGACGGCAUCUUCGAUGCAGUGAGGAAGCUUAAUGUCAAGUGUGCCAUGACUGUAAACACGAACAUCGUCAAGCUUCUGCUACGCAAUCCCGGAUCAUCUUUUCUUCCCCUCGACUCAGGGCUGCGGCUACAAAUCCUUCCUUCUAUUUGUUAUCUCGCAGAUUGCCAAAAGCACCAUUUUGCCGCCUUCAUCCAGGAUUACGCGUAUCUCAUUGUCUGGGACGAUGAUCCCAAUCAUUUAAUCCAACGGGUCCAAGACAUCGAGGAUCAAUUAAUCAGCAUAGUCUGGAAAGAAGAAGCCUCGGACGAUGUCGAUUCUACGCUUCCAGCCACCAGUGCAAUGCCCAGUACCGUCAAUCUUGGUGCUGGAGAAGAUUUCCUGGAUUCAGAGGGCAUCGUCACCCCGGCCCCGCGUAGGGUCGUCCUCAUACAGUCCUUCCUGACGGCCAUCACACUCAUUCUGCUUGUCAGCGCCAUUGGAAGUGGCUGGCGUGAGAUCGCAAUUGAGCUUAAAGUGGACAAGUCCUGGAUCCGGCUCGCCUUCAUUCUUGUUGUACCCCUUCAGUGCUGGCUGGCACUCUUCUUCAUGCAAUCCGUUGCCGGCUGCAUAGCACAGAUGAUUGGGCCCAUCAGCCAGAUGACCUCAAACACCAAGUUCUUCUCGGGUCAAGCACCAGCUCGUCUUUCGACAAGCUCCACCCUUCCUCACGUCACAAUUCAAUGUCCUGUUUACAAGGAGGGCCUCUGGUCAGUGAUUGAUCCCACCAUCAAGUCCAUCAAGACUGCCAUUUCUACAUAUGAGAUGCAAGGCGGGACUGCCAACAUAUUUAUCAAUGAUGACGGCAUGCAGCUCAUACCUGCCGACGAAGCCCAGGAAAGACGUGACUAUUACGACGAGCAUAAUAUUGGCUGGGUUUCUCGACCGAGGCACAAUCCCAAACCGGUCGAUGGUGGACUGCCUUUCAUCCGUGCAGGCAAAUUCAAAAAGGCCUCGAACAUGAAUUAUGCGCUUAACGUGAGCGCCCGUGUGGAAGAUAGGCUGGCACUUGUCGAACGUACCGAGACUUGGACAUCCGAAAACGAGCGCGAAGCCUAUGAAUCUGCCCUUGGUGAGAUCAUUGUGGAGGAUGAAGGUCGCACGCAAGCGGAUGGUAAUAUCCGCAUUGGCGACUAUAUCCUCCUUAUUGAUUCUGACACAAGAGUCCCUGUGGACUGUUUUCUUGACGCCGUCAGUGAGAUGGAACAUUCCCCCGAAGUCGCCAUCAUCCAAUUCGCCUCAGGAGUCAUGAACGUCACAGACAGCUGGUUCGAAAAAGGCAUCACUUUCUUCACCAACUUGGUAUACACGGCAAUCCAGUACGCCGUUUCCAAUGGUGACGUUGCACCAUUUGUGGGGCAUAACGCAUUUCUGCGCUGGAAGGCUGUACAGGACGUUGCAUACGUAUACCCAGACGUGAACGAUGGCAUAAUCAAGGAGAAGUAUUGGUCUGAAGCAACCGUCUCUGAAGACUUUGACAUGGCUCUACGUCUACAGACGAGCGGGUAUAUCUUGCGACUGGCGGCCUACGCAGGGCAGGGGUUCAAGGAAGGUGUUUCGCUCACGGUGUACGACGAGCUCGCACGAUGGGAAAAGUACGCCUACGGCUGCUCGGAACUCAUUUUCCACCCAUUCGCCCAGUGGGUGACCAAAGGCCCUUUCACCCCCCUUUUUCGCAACUUCAUCAAGAGCAAUAUGCCGUUCCCGUCGAAGUUGACGAUUAUGGCGUACGUUGGCACGUAUUAUGCAAUCGGCUCGGCCUGGAUUCUGACCUUGCUCAAUUACUGUAUCGUAGGAUGGUUCAAUGGCCACCUCGACCACUACUACAUUGACAGCUUCAAGAUCUACUUCUCCAUUGUCCUGGUGUUCACAGCACUAGGGAAUAUUGCCCUUGCUGUCAUGCGAUACCGCGUCGAGGAUAAAACCCUGGUGGCGGCCUUUUGGGAGAACUUUCGCUGGAUCCCCCUGCUCACGAUCUUCCUGGGGGGAAUUUCACUGCAUGUCUCUCAAGCCAUCCUGAGCCACCUCUUCGGUGUGGAUAUGAGCUGGGGGGCGACGAGUAAGGAGGCAACGGACACAAGCUUCUUCAAAGAGGUGCCCGUUAUCCUACGCAAGUUCCGCCUGACAUUUCUGUUCUGUGUUGUUAUGAGUCUGGGCAUGAUUGUCGUCGCGGGUGUUGGGCCCUUGGGUGCUCUGGUCCCGUAUGAUUGGCAGAUUUCUUUCUUCACCGCCAUCUGGCCCCUGGCAACCAUUGUUGGUUCCCAUGCAUUGUUGCCUCUGGUGCUUAAUCCGGGCUUGAUGCAGUUUACUUUUUGA